AUACAUAAAAAUGAGAUGGGAAAAAAUCCACGGCUACAAUAAUAAACUUUCGAAUGAAUCAAUUUUGUGUAGUAAAUUUGUAGAUUGUAGACAUGUUGAGAAUCAGUGUCAAAAGCAUCUCCACCAUUAUUGCCACAAAUACCAGUAUCAUCUGUGCAUUGUUCACAACGCCGUAAGAUAAUUUUCUUUUUCGUGCGUGUGUACUCUGCUCCGAUUUUUUCGUUUCGUUUUUUUCUCGAUUUCCUUAUUCGACCAUUUUUUACUUUUUUUCUGCUUGAAAAAUUAUCCAAAGUUAAAAGUAUUGGUUAAUAUGUGAUAUUCAAAAUAUCCAAACGAUGUGAUUUAUUUAUCAUUCUCACUUUAAGGCAAUAGAGAACAAGACAAUUAUCAGCGAUUGAAAGUGCAUCAAAUAUCGGAAUUUUUUGCACCCUCGCCGGAUGAAAUUCAAAGCAAUUCUUUUGCGCAAAUGAAGAUGGUCAUUUGCGAAUUAUUUGUUUUCAUGUGAUUUAUCCAUAUCGUUUAAAAUGUAAGCGAAUUCGCUGUCACAGUUUUAUCAUAUAUUCAAAAUCAAAAACGACGUGAAAAACCAUGGGAUGGAAUUUUGUAUCGGCGAUAAUGAAUAUCGCAUCACUCGGUUUCUGGCCGUUCAUAUGGCGAAAAAACUUUUUUAUCAUUUGGAUUAGUGUCGUACUUUUCACCAGCGACAUUUAUCAAAUCAAUGGAGAACCCAAUAAAAGUUUUUCGAUGAAAACUUUGUGUAAAACGCAUUUUUUACAAAUGAUUUACCGAAAAACAGACGGCGCUAUUUUGUGGUCACAAAACGAACGGAAUUUAGACUGUGCGUUAACCUUUCAAACGCAUUCCAUUUUGCAAAGAUUUUUGGUACGAUUCGAUGCCCUGCAAUUAGACUGUAACGAUCAUCUUUUUAUAUACGAUGGAGCUCAUGCGAGUUCAACGCCAAAAAUGGACAUAUCAUGUCGAAAUACAAAGCAAUCAGUUGGAAAUAUAAUUACGCAAAGCAACUUUUUGACGAUUAAGUACAAGACCGAUGGCUGGGGAACGGAUUCGAAUGGAUUUAAAUUGGUUUUGACAGCAAUAAAAAAUAUAAAUCAUGCUUGCAAACAAUUCAGAUGCAAAUCGACCGAAUUCUGCAUAUCAUCCGAUUUGGUGUGUGACAAGAUAAAUCAUUGUGCGGACGGAACUGAUGAAGCUCCACACUCACUUUGUCCGAAUCUGGAAACGAAGACAAUAUUUGGCCUGGAAAUGACUUGGCUUGUGCUGUUGGCAGUGAGUGGUUUUUUAGUGUUGAGUGCAUGUUUUGUUGGCAUCGCAAUUUGGUUCUGUCGACUGCGUACAUCCGCUUCGGAUAAUAACAAUUUACAAUUAAACAAUCACCAUUGCAACACAAAUGGAUCAAGUAAAACGACAAUAAAUCGAACGACUAGUGAUACAAUGAUGUUUUCCAUGUCGGGAAACAUGCAACACCCUGCGAGGAUACCGGCGUAUUCACUGCAAAUCAUCAUUUACGUUUCAAAAAUGCUGAUGAUGGUGACAAUCCGUCCGUUGACUAUUUGGCGUAUGAUAAUCAACUAAAUGCACAACGUCAAUUGCCCGAUUUGUCACUCGGCCUAAUCGAUGGCCCGGCAACAGCUGCACAAAAAGAAGAAUGGUUCGUUUAAAUUCACAAACAAACAUAAACGACAAUUCAUCGACGGCGCUGUAUCUGUGGCAUCGCAAUCAUUUAGUUGGCAGCAAAAUUUCAUCGACAAAAAAAAUAAUUAUUUUUAUUGAAACAGAUUUCUCGCAGGGUGUAAUCGAAACGCUCAAUUUAAAAGAAUUAAAUUUAAGGAAAACAAACUUAUAUUAUAAAUAUCAUUCAUUUACAUACACACUAGUCAAUUUGAUAUAAUAUGGAAUGAAACAGAUGGAAAUUAUCUGAGUGGCCCCAAUGAAGUUUAUAUAUAUUCAACACUGGAUUGUGAAAUAUGUGAAUUUUUCGGGCGGCGCUCAGUGGUUCCACUGAUCAAUGCCAUCGAAAUGCAACAAUAAUUAUUCGAAACAAGUAACAAAAACAUAUUUAGAAAAUUUGUAGUUAAAUUUUGAAACAAACACUGGAACAAACGACUAUAAUUCAACAUAUAUAUACUUACAUUUAUAAAUUGGUUAGGCUUUGCUGCAUAACACAUACAAUUUUCGAACUUUACUCGAUUUGUAAUCAGUUUUUUCUUGCUGCCGGGCAGCACAUUUUAACAUUUCAUAUAUGUACACUCUAUAUAGUGAAUAUAUGGUUAUUUUUCUGAACUCAUUCUCAAUUUUAACACAACUCGUACUUUUUUUCUAUAUAAAAAAAAAUAAUUAUCAAAUGUUGAAAAAAAUGGAUAUAAUCACCAGGGCUGUUAUUUUCACUCUGUCAGUGCACGC